CUGCGCCUCGCGACCUCCAUUCAUUAAUAAAUUAGCGGCACGCUCCAGCCGAGCGCGAGCCACCAAUCACAAUGGACAGCGGCGGCGACAACAGCCGCAGCUUGAGCCGAUGCGGCCGCCCCGGCUUCGUCAGCUUCGGCCGCAGCCUGGAGCUCCAACAGGAGCUUUAGAACCAUUUUAUGCUGAUUAGAUAAAGGGGGAAAAGAGAGGCGGGGUGGUGGGAGGAGGAGGAUGGAUGGCAGGGCCAACGGAGGGUGAAAGGCGGUGAAGAAAGAGAAAGAAAUGAAUGAUGAUAAUGCAAUGAAAAGAAUAAGCUAGGGGAGGGAAAGCGAGGGAGAAGGGGGGCAGGAGGAGGAGGCGGUAGCGGGGGAGGGGGGACCCCGGGCAGAUCUGAUUGUUUUCUUGGUGGUAUAUAAGGGGUUUUAAGGAGAGUCGUGUGCCAGACACGCAGCCACUGAACCACAAGCAGCUUCGCUUUAACUGGAGUGCCUGGGAGUCGCGUGCCAGGAGCCGCACGGCCAGGGACUGACUGACAGACAGACACGCACCACCACCACAACACAGGACACCCGGGCUGGCCGCCGCCGCCGCCGGGGCUCUUGGCAAACCCUCCGGUCGCCGAGAUCCCCCGCGGAGCUGCGCCACGGUAGCGCCGGGCUUGCAGCUUUCGCGCCGGGCGAAGGACGCGGCGCUGCGCUCCCGACUGCAAGAUUCCGGGCACACACCAAAGCCACAGCAACGCCGAGGCACAGUUAGAGCCAACUAAGAUGUUCGUCAAAUCCGAGACCUUGGAGUUGAAGGAGGAAGAGGACGUGUUGGUGCUGCUCGGCUCGGCAUCCCCCACCUCGGCGGCUCUGACCCCGCUGUCGUCCAGCGCCGACGAAGAAGAGGAGGAGGAGCUGGGCGCAUCCGGCCGGGCGGGUCCGCAGCAUGGGGCUGAGGCCAGCCAGGGGGCGCGGGGCGGCGUGGCGGCGGCUGCCGAGAGCUGCCGGCCCUCGAGGCUGCUGGGUCUGGUGCACGAGUGCAAACGGCGCCCCUCCCGGGCACGGGCCGUCUCUCGGGGCGCCAAGACCGCCGAGACAGUGCAGCGCAUCAAGAAGACCCGGAGACUGAAGGCCAACAACCGCGAGCGAAACCGCAUGCACAACCUCAACGCAGCUCUGGACGCGCUGCGCGAGGUGCUCCCCACGUUCCCCGAGGACGCCAAGCUCACCAAGAUCGAGACCCUGCGUUUCGCCCACAACUACAUCUGGGCGCUCACCGAGACCCUGCGCCUGGCGGAUCACUGCGGGGGCGGGGGCGGGGGCCUGCCGGGGGCCCUCUUUUCCGAGGCGGUGUUGCUGAGCCCGGGAGGGGCCAGCGCCGCCCUAAGCAGCAGUGGAGACAGCCCCUCUCCCGCCUCCACGUGGAGUUGCACCAACAGCCCCGCACCGUCCUCCUCCGCGUCCUCCAACUCCACCUCCCCCUACAGCUGCACUUUAUCGCCCGCCAGCCCCGCCGGGUCAGACAUGGACUAUUGGCAGCCCCCACCUCCAGACAAGCACCGCUAUGCACCUCACCUUCCCAUAGCCAGGGAUUGUAUCUAGAGCUGCCAUCUCUGCUACCCACGCCAGGCCUUAGUGGGUCCCCUUUCCUGUCCCCAGCCGAGCCCUCCUCCCUUCCCUUGCCCCUCCUUUCCAAGCCCUGGAAACCAUCUCACUUCAAAGGGCAGGUGUAGCCUUUCCGAUUCCUUGCUUGUUUCUUGCAUUUCCUGGCUUGGGGUCUCAUUCAUUCAGACAGGCUCUGAUUUAUUAAAGGUGUGACGGAGCUUACUGUAAAAGCGAAGGGUGGCGUUUUGGAGGCGCUUCUUGAGACGAAAAAGACGCUGGGAAGAGAUGAUGGUGGCGUAUCUAAAGAGUUUGCAGAGCGGACUGACGCUCCUCCCCUUUCUCUCUAGCGCCGGAGGACUUGGAGCAGUUCGUGUGAAUCUCGCAGGGGGAAUGCAACUGGUUCCUGUGAUCCCUUCACCUUUGCUUCUACAUAGAGAUGUUAAUGUCGAGUAGAAAGAAAUGUAUCUUAGCAUCUGAAUGAUUUUACUGGUAAUAAUAUUAUCCACAGAUUUGCAAUGGCUGGCAUCUGCUUUAUUCCCAUUGCUGUCUGUAGGCUGUGGGAAUUUCACCUGUCAAACCAAACUUUCCCUCUCUGAUGUGCACUUUGUUCUGUUUCCCAGAUUCGUCACAAUGCCUAUUGUCCUGUCCUUCUCUUUUCUCUUUCUUCCCCAUUUUGCCAUCUGUCUCUUAUGAUUUAUAAGGGGAAAAAAACUUGUUUUGUUAGAGGGGCAGGUUAGAAGUCAUUGUAUAAUUUGUAGGUUUUGUAAUGAUUGAAUGCAAGCGUGGAAAUUUAGGCUGAACUCUCUAUCAAAAGGAAAAAUGUGGAGGAAAAGGGAAAAAUCAGGAGGGAGGAUUGCUUCAUGCAUUAUUUAUCUCGACCUUUUAUGGGAGAAGGAACUCCCCCCAUUCUUUAGAGAGAUUAAAAAUAAAUCAACAGUCUAAAAACCUAAGCAGACACGGAGCAUUAUCGGGAUCAGCCACACACGUGUUCCCUUCUAUUUAUUAUAAAUAAAAUUUUCAUGGGAAAAUAUGUAUUUUUUUGUAUAUUCUACAGAGUUUAUUCUAGUAUGUAUUUACGUCUUGAAGAACAAGAAAGUUGUUCUUGUGAUUAAACUAUAAAUAAAGUAUCUAAUUUUCAUAA